UCAUAUCACCAUACUCCAACCACGCCUUCAAUCUCACCGUCGCCAUCUUCUUCAUCUUUACAAGCAGAUUUAGGUAUACCUAACAAUAAUCACCAUCCAUUAACACCACCAUCAACACACACACAACCAUCAGUCAUUGAUGCUGCAACCAUGUCCACUAUCACUAGCACUAAUGUAACAUCCUCCACCACUCCUACCCUCCUUCUCCAGCUUCCGGGGCAGAAUGACGCGUCUUCUACCGUCAAGUCGCGCCGUGGACGGCCGAGUGGAAACCUUGGCGACCAGGGAAACAGCAACUUUGCAACCAUAAAGACGACGUCCAUUGUCAGCAAACAGCAAAAGGAGCAUCUUCAGGAGGACAUGCAUGCUGCUAUGUCUGGAUACAAGCGUAUGCGGCAAGAACACCAGCGUGCUCAAGCCAAGCUUGAAGAGAAGUGCCGGGUUGAGAUGGAGAACCACAAGCACCUGCUGGAUAAAGAGUAUGAGGCGUUACUAACACAGUUCAGUAAAGAACUGGAGAAACUCAGACAGAAACAUGAGAAAGAACAGGAAAAGAAACUUGACAGCUGCACUGUGGCAGAGAAGAAUUUACAGAAGGACAUCAAUGGUAGACAUGGUAUAGAACUUAAACACUUCCAGUCCCAGUACAAGAAGCAGUACAAGGAGAAUAUAGAAAAAUGGAAGAAAGAACUUUCACAAGAUCCAAAUACUCCCAAAAAACAGAGAGAAGCACAGCUUCAGAGCCAGAAAGAAUAUCUUAAGGCUUCGGAACGUCAGGAAGAGCAAAAGUUGGUGCAACAGCAAGGUGAAUAUUUGCAGCUGGAGACUCGCAAGUUCCGUCGACGUGGUCUCUUGGCCUAUUAUGCCAAGGAACAAACACUUCUCAAGGAGGAACUCACAAAGAGAGAGCAGCAGCUCGAAGCAGCGCAUUCCAUGCUUCUAAGGCAUCAUCAGUUAACACAGGAUUUGGAGUACCGACAACAGAGAGCCAUUCAUGCUUUGAAGGAGGAGCAGAUGAAUAAACAACACCAGACAGAAUUGAGUAGUCAACAUGAGUAUAUGAAGAGAGUGGAGAGAGAGCUGAGAAAAAAGCAUGCUCUACAACAAAAACAACAACCUAAGAGUUUAAAACAAAAAGAGAUAGAAAUACGUCGGCAGUUCAGGGACACUAUCAAUAUACAGCGACAACAGUAUAAGGAGUAUAAAGCACAGAUCUUAUCUAAGACACCUAAAGAUGAACAACGGGCUAUUAUCAAGAGAUUAAAAGAUGAUCAGCGAAGAAAACUAGCCAUGCUCGCUGACCAAUAUGAACAAUCCAUUGCUGAAAUGCUUCAGAGACAGUCUCUUAGGCUGGAUGAGAGUCAGGUAAUAGAGCAGCAGCAGUUAUCGGAGAAGUUGGAUAGAGAAUUAGAAAUGCUUACGGAAUACCAGACACGCAACCGUCAACAUGCAGAGGCACAGCGUGACCGCGAAAAGCGGGAGCUGGAUGAGAGAGUUGCUCUAAGAAGAACAUUAUUGCAGCAAAAGAUGAGUGAAGAAAUAGCAAGGUUCCAGCGUGAGAAACAGGAAAGGAUACGUCUUAUGCAAGAAAAACAAGCACGAGAAUUAGAGGAAUUUGAUAAUGAGUCAGUAAGGCUAGGAUUUAGUCCCCUGCAGAUGGUUGAGUCUUCAAGUGAGCGAUGGCCAGAAGAAUUUAAUGUGUCAACAUCCAUGCUUUCCUUAUCCCUCCAACCAAACCAUUGAAUAACUGGUUGAUUCCUAGCUAGCUGUAGGAAAUGUAAACAUUUGACAACCCUGUUCUCUCUAGGCUAUAUUGUUUUCCAUGUAUGAAUAUAAAUUUGAGCUCUUUGUAAUAUGUAAUUAGCCUUAUUUAUGAAAUACUAAUGUCACCUCCAUAUUUAUUUGUUGUAUAUCCAGAUAAUGGUUAGGAUUUCCAAAGUCUGGUCCAUGUAUGGCCGGAAUUUUUCCGUAGAUGCCUGGGCCCCCAAGGUGCUCUCGUGGCCACAAUGCCAGUGUGCUUUAGAUUCCCCUCCCCUGUUAAAAAGGUUAGAUUGGCAUUUCUAUGAUGAGCAAAAAUGGUUCAGUUUAUAUGAACUUCCAUCUCAUUAGUUGAAAUGGCUGUUGCUUGCAAGAUAUAUAAAAAAAAAAGAUCAGAUUUCAUUACUUUGUUGAAUAUGUUAGUAUGCAAAGAAAUGUUUAUUGAUUUCAUGAGAACUAGACUGUUAACAGGGCCAGCUCUUUCUGGUUUAGUGUAUAUACUGUAUAUGAGGAGACCAGUAAAUGUGAGCUUUAGAAAGUGUUACAUAUGAGGAAAGCUUUCUUUAAGCAAAAGAAAUCUAUCUUCACAAAACACUGUCUCAAUCUUGUAUUAACUGUAUGUUAUGGAUAUGUAGGUCUUUUCAUGACAGGACUUCUGAUUCUUCUGGUGAGCUUACAGGCCAAAAAUUCCUUUUUAAGUCAGUAAAUGAAACACAGGAUCUAAAAAAGAAUUUCUGUCAUUCAGUCCUGUAAGCAUUAAUCUGCUUAUUACUUUUUCUUUUUACUAUUACAUAUAUUAAUCACAGUCAUGAUAGAACGUGAUGAAACAAGGUAAUUUAUAGUACUCUACUCUCCAUAUGCUGGCCAAACCCCAAUAAUCAUUCUCUUUGGCACUGGAAGGUAAGCAAAGUCUGAUGGUCUCGGUUGAAAUAGAGAAGCCCUCUUUGCUCAAUAUAUCAUGUAACAAGAUCAGUGACUUUGAGCCAACAAUUUUGACUUUUUUUCUUUUUCUUUUAUAAUUUUUUGAUUUGUGAAUUGUCAUACUCAAAAAUUUUCUUGCAUUAAAAUCAUGUAUCUUGGGCUCAUAAAUCGGUGAUCCUGCAUCAUGAAAAUAACCCUCUAGCUUUGUGUGAAUUUGUUGUCAUCACUCUUUUUGUGGCAUGGUCAGCCAUUAUGAGCUUUCGAGGAACUGCAGAAAAAUGCUCAUAUUAUAUGUAUUUUGUAUAGGAACUUGUAAAGUGGGGGAACAUGCAUCUUUUAAAUGAUCCUCUUCAAGGAGUUCCUCUGUACUAGCUUGGUUCUGGUUACUCAGACAAGCAUAGCAUGUUGAACAGUUUCCAGGAAGUGUUUCCCUAGUCAGAUGAAGGUGUUGUCCUCAUCAGCAAGAAACUGUGCUUAUUUUCCAUAGGAAACUUCAUACUUGAAACUUCUCUUUUUUCAUGAGCUUAUCUUUUCCAGUUUUAAGGGGGCAAAAAUAGUGUCAUUGGCAACUUCAUCUUGUUUCCUUUCCAUAUUGGGCCCUUGUACAAAAUUUGAAAAUGUAUUUUAGGCUCAUAGUUGCUGACAUUUUCACAAAUAGGUUGAAUCACUAGCAGUUCUGAUGAUGCUCGUUCCUCACACCUGUAGCAUGUGGACCAUAGUAAUAUUUGUGUCAGCAGCCAGAAGGAAAAAGAUAUCUAAUAGGAUUUUUAAAGUGUGGCUUAGCACAAAAUUGAUGAAAGCAAGCCACGAGUCAGAAUGAUAUGUAAGAGACUUCAACUAUUGUGCAAGAAUUAAUGCUCUAGCUGUGUUACAUGGAAGUCCUGUUGGUCAUAUUCGUCCUGUUUGAAUAAAAAAAAAAA